AUGUCCGUUCGUCGCAGUUUCGGUGAUCAGUACAGAGGAUGUGGGCAUUACGUCCGGAUAUAUCAGACUGGAAUUACAUACGAUUGUGCUCGGCCGAAUUGCAAACUAAGUGCAGCACAUAUGCACAAAACUGCCAAGAACUGCGGGUGCAACAUGGAAUUUUCUGAUCACCGCAGAGUUCGCAACCUAUUCCAAACAAAAUGCGAAGCUUGCCUGGAGUACGAGGGUGGGGGUUCGGAUGUAUACGGCCAUCGAACGGGACCCCAUUGGUAA